AUGUCUUCUCACAAGACUUUCAGGAUCAAGGUACUCCUGGCAAAGAGACGAAAGCAGAAUCAUCCCAUUCCCCAGCAGAUACAGAUGAAAACUGAUAAUAAAAUCAGGUACAACUCCAAGAGGAGUCACUGGACAAGAUCUUAA